AUGUCGAGCCAAACGACAAUGGCACUCGGCAGGCUGCUCAUGAAGACUGCUCGUCGUGGUACAGCAACUACUUCUGCCACGGCCAGACAGAUCAAGAUCAACCUAGUACAGCAAAAAUGUUCCUUCAGUAGAUCGAGUGGACUUUCACGAAGAAAACAAUCGGGUGGUCAGCAUAUCCACCGUUUACGAGCAUUUUCGUCAGCUGCAUCCUCUAGUAUGGAGGAAGCACCCGAAAAAACGCCUCUCCCGUUGGAUCAUACUACUAAAUUGAUGGCAGCAAGAACAGCAACAGUACCGGAAACACCAUCUGUACCCCCAUCUUCGUUGGAAGACAAAUCAACAGAGGGCCUUGGGCUGGAGGAGAACAAGUCCACAUUGGCGGACCAUGUUAAGAUGACCUCCACGAAAGAGGGCUGUGGUCUUGAGGCUGACAACAUCAACAGUGCUGAUCAAGACACUCAGAGGAGCAGGAGUAAUUUAGCGCAAGAAGAGUUGGGUCCUCUUGGUCGCGGAUAUUUUCCUGUUGCUUCUGCCUCUUCAGACGAGGACAUCGAGACCGAGAUGAAGUCUCAGGCUCGCGCCGUAGUUGUGGAUCUUCCCGUAGAGCAGAACGGUAUUGUCGAGGGCAAAGAUAUCUCAGCGUCAAGUGCUGACAUCAAGAACAGUGAGCGUGGAGAGGAGUCAGCUGGACCCGAGACGGCGUCAAGCAAGCAAGUUCCCGUUGCUGGGAAAAGGUACAAAGGGAAAUCCGCAUAUGUUGACUUCCGAAACAGAUGUGGAUUUAUCAAAUUGAGCGAACCUCUGGCAGGGCCAGGCUUGAACGACGGGAAAGAAGGUGGAACGCAAGUGUUCUUUCCGUUCGUUAUGGCGACCAUAAUGAUAAUAUUUUUCAUUUUCAUAAGACCAAAGGGCUGUAAAGAACUAACCAUUCAUUAUAUAUAAGAAUUCUUCCUAGGACGAAGGCAUCCUUCACUCUAACUAGACACGCCUUGCAGACAAGCGCCUGCCUAGGCGAGAUGACGAGCUCACGUUCAAAUUGCACAUAAUUCAAGGCAAAUUUCAGGCCAUUCAAAUAAAGGGAGCCACUGGACGAGAAUAUAUUCUUGACAACGAGGAAAAUUCCAGGCGGCUACGAGAACGAAAUCUUCAUGGUCGAGGAAGUAGAUUCCAACAAGAACAACCUCUUCAACAAAAGCGCCGUAUAGCACUUCCAAACAUUCCAGAGUACAGCAAUCAGCCGCGUUUUGGCUCACCUCCAGGCGGAAGUACCCAGAGGAGUGUAAGCCAGCAGAGCGCUGUAGCGGUGGACAGCACAUCGCUCACUUCUCCAGCCGUGAAUGACGUGAAGGUAUGGCCACAAAAAGAUCUAGUAACCGCUCUAUUCUUUUGAGCAUUGUUUUUUCUAGUAGUUGUGGUAUAUAAGCUCUUAUAACUCAUUGUAGUAUUCGAAAACUGAAAAUAACCGAGUUACUGACUGAAUUACGGGAGGUAGCUUAAAAUAAAGGCUACUCUUCCUUCUCAUCAGUAUCUCGCUUAUUCUGAUGCUUAUUUCAGUUUUUCGAAUAGAAGUUUCUUGUCCACAUCUUCAUCAAUAGCUCAGGACGACAGUAGCUGCGUUAACAAAUGUAGUGGCACGAUUAGAUGCGUGGUAUUCUUGUUAUCUUUUGUGUCAGACAGUACCUCUACCUGGUCUAACUACACCGCCUUCGUCCGUGGUCCCGAACGUCCGUAGCAUCUCUACCAGCGACCCAACAGCCUCCAUGAACGCCAAAAGCCCUACCAACGACCCCAUAGCCUCCAUGACCUCCAGAUUACUCGCCCUCGAGCUUUCCCAAGAGCGGAAACAAGUAGCGAUGGAAAGGCGCAUCCAAGACUCUGUCAAUGGCAUGACAAGUGCCUUCGCUAAGGAAAUGGUGACGUUGAAAAACGAUAUACAGUAUGCGCCUUAUGGCAUCAUGGACAUGCUGUUCCAUUUGCAGAUCGCUGCAGGAGAGUUUCAGUCUAGCUGCAAUUCAGGUAGUACAUUCAGCUUCAGUGCUGACUUUCAUGAAUGAUUUAAGGUUGCUAAACACUCUCGUAAAAAAAUUUUUGCUCCUCCAUCCAUGUAGCGAACGUUGACAUAGCACUUCUAACCAAUCGCUGUACAAGUCUUGUCGGAGAAGGUUGAUGUGCUGACCAAUUGUGUUUCUCGAGAAGUUGCCGGAAUUAUAGCAGAAAGGGAGCUCAAAGCAGACAAGGCGAUGCAGGAGCUAGCGGCUAUUAUGAUCAGUGAAUUAUAACGUCUAGGGACUAAAUUAGUAGCGUCUAGUUCUUGGGUUUUUCUUCGUGCACAGACCGUCUAACUUUAUUUUCUCAGAGUUGUACACCAGGUUUCCUACAUGAUGAAGUUGCUUUUGAAGUUACUAUUCGAAUUAUUCGCCUGCUCUAAUAAUUAAGUAGAUGAUAUAUCCAAAGCGGUCGUUGCCAUACAGAACGAGCAAGGUCGUAAAAGUGCUUCGAUGGAUAGUGUGUUGCAAAAAUACACAGACAGUGUCGCGCUGUUGGGCCCAGCCCUAGCGAGCAUACAAGCAACAUUAGCUGUCAGAGGAAUGCCGCAGACUGCGUCACAUGUGCCGGAACAAGGUUUGAACGGGAUAGACUCUUUGAUUUUUUAAGAAAGGUUUUUAUCAGCUGUGAAAGUGGGAGAAGUGAAGAUAUUAAUUACUUAUGCAGAAAUAAUAGCCGAAAAGUCGUUUUCUCUCUCUGAAUCCUGAGUGAAGAGCCAAAGUCUCAACAAACAACGGCUUCAUCAACAAAAGCCUUCCACCACCACAACUGCUUACCAACACGGACAACAACCAUCACCGAAAAAUCUGCAGGUGUAACGAGCAGGCAUACGACGCUGGACCACACGCAAUCGGACCUACAACGCAGUGCGAGAAACGCAAAUCUGUUGGAACGCAUCAGGGGGAAAAUCAGCACUGCAGCUUGAUGAUUUGAGUUCGUGGUAGAAAAAACCAUAACAAACUUUGAGAUUGACGCAGAAGGGGACCAAACUAGCAUGGUGAGAUAAACGGAACUUAACAUCAAAAAACUAUACUUCGAGCAUAUAUUCUUAAUGCAGUGUUACUUAUCACCUCCUUCUACUCGAUCUUAAUCAAACUUUUUAGUGCAGGGGUUAGUUUACUAAACGAAAACGACCUACAAUCUAGACUCUUCAUCAUUCUUAACGCAGUGUUCUCAUGGAGAGUUCGGCAUGGAUUGCAUUCACAAAGGAGGCCACAGAACAGCACGAAGCAGCCGAGCUGCGCUAUUCAGCCACGACACACAGGACUCGGAAUUGAUUUUGUGACGAAAAGGAAGCACAAGAAGGAUCGUGAAUGCGUGUCUUACUG